AUGGGAGAAGGCAAAAAGGUUGUAGAGUAUGUGUCGAAGGUGCAAAAACUCGUCCAUCUCAUGAAGGGUUGUGGUGAAACCCUAACUGAUAAGAUGAUAGUUGAGAAGUUAUGGAAAAAGAAUGGUGGUUCCAACAAAUUCAAAGACGAAUUCGACAAGACUCAAGGCAAGAAGCCUUGGUCGAACUCUCACAAGAAGCAGGUCGAAGAUAGAACUUCUGAAUCCUCGAAAGGAGAAGGAGGAAACUAUCGAAAGGACAGAGAAGAUAAGAAAUUUAUAGGUGUACAGUGCUAUCACUUUACAGAUAACCAUGUCGAAUCCAAGAUCUGGCUCCUCGAUUUAGGCUGCUUGAAUCACAUGACUGGUCAAAAGGUGUGGUUGGCAAAUUUUGACGAAUCGAAGAAGAGCAAGGAAAAACUUGUUGAUAAUAGUUCGUUGCAAGCAGAAGGUACUGGCAACAUAGUUUUUCACAUGAUUAAUGGAAGGAAAAAUAUGAUCAAAGAUAUGUUCUAUGUACCUUGUAUGAAGAGCAACUUGUUAAGUGUUGGACAACUGGUCGAAAAAGGGCUCUCAGUUUUCAUGAAAGAUGGAGUUUAA